AGUGAAGUGUUUGCUAAGUGACUGAGGGAUAUGGGAAUGAACCGACACGGAUGGAGGUGAUGUGACCACGACGGGGGUCAGAGCUUCCCUCGUCCAGCUGGCUGCGUUUUCUCUCGAGGACGGCACACGGAGAAUGGAGAAGUCCUGGGCUCCCGAUGUGCUGGGACCCGUGGGGGACGGCAGGCGGGUGUCUGGUGAAAUGGGCCCCGGUGGUGGCGGCGGCGGCGGCGGUGGCGGGUUGCUCCAUUGGCGCUGUGUCCGCCGCUGGAUCCCUCCACCUUACAGGGAGGAGCUGGUUCAGCUGCUUCGCCUGACUGGACCCCUGCUGGCUUCUCGGAUCCUGAACUUCCUCCUUCCGUUUGUUAACGCCAUAUUCUGCGGUCACCUAGGAAACGCAGAGCUCGCUGGCUUUGCCCUGGCGUCUGCGACCAUUAAUGUCACCACGACUGCCACUGGCUAUGGACUAGCCCUGGCAUGUGACACAUUGGUGUCACAGACCUUUGGGGGUAAGAACCUGAAGCGUGUGGGUGAGAUCCUGCAGCGCAGUGUCCUCAUCCUGCUGCUCUUCUGCCUGCCGUGCUGGGCCUUGCUCAUCAACACCCAGUCCAUCCUGAUUGCCCUCAGGCAGGAGUCCCAGGUGUCCAGCAUCGCCCAGCUUUACGUGACUGCCUUCCUGCCCGCCGUGCCGGCCAUGUUUCUUCACCAGCUGCAGGUGUCCUACCUCCAAAACCAGGGGAUUAUUCUUCCCCAGCUGUAUGUGGCAGUAUUGACCAACAUCAUCAAUGUGGUUAUUAACUACGUCCUGCUGUUCUGGAUGGAGUUAGGAGUGAAGGGGUCAGCAGUGGCCAAUAGCCUGUGUCAGAUCUUCAUCUGCCUCUUCCUGUUUGCCUACAUUCGCUGGAAGAAGCUUCACGUGAAAACAUGGGGAGGCUGGUCUACUGCAUCACUCCAGAAUUGGGGGUCCUUCAUGCAGCUGGCCAUACCCAGCACACUCAUGCUGUGUUUUGAGUGGUGGAUCUAUGAGAUUGGUGGCUUCCUGGCAGGGAUGUUGGGCAAGGUUGACCUGGCUGCGCAGCAUGUGCUUCUUGAGCUGGGAGCCAUAACCUACAUGUUCCCUCUGGGUGUGCAUGCGGCAGCUUGUGUGCGUGUGGGCAAUGCACUGGGCGCGGGGGACACUGCCAGUGCCCUCAUCACCAGCAAGGUGUCCCUGGUCUUCUCUGGUGUCAUGGCUGUGCUCCAGGGCGUGGUCCUUGCCUCCACCAAGACCGUCAUUGGCUUCAUCUUCACCAAUGAUACGAACAUCGUGGAGUUGGUGUCCCACACGUUAUAUCUCUACAUCUUCCUGCAGUUCUUUGAUGCUCUUGUGUGUGUGAGCUCUGGAAUUCUCCUGGGUGCUGGAAAGCAGAAGAUCGCUGCUGUUGCCAACCUCAUCUGUUACUACAGCAUUGGUCUCCCCACGGGCAUUGCACUCAUGUUCGCUGCAAACAUGAGGAUAUUUGGGCUGUGGCUGGGCCUUCUCAUCUGUGUCAUCUUACAGGCAUUCUUCUUCAUCAUGCUCAUCUUCAAGCUGAACUGGCCUCAUGUCACAGAGGAGGCCCAGAAGCGCGCUGGGAAGGGCGGCCGGGUGACCUGUGUCGGGCCCAGGCCACCCAUUGGAGGAGAGCCUGUGAUUGACACCCUGGUCCCGGAGAACUCACCAAUGGUGGGCCAGAUGACAGAAAGCAUGCUUCUGCCAACUGUGAGUGACAGGGUCAAAGACGGCGACUACAGCCAGGCGGACACAGAGGAGCAGGCGGGCGAGAUUCGGGGAGACACGGGUGCCCAAAGCAGCCAAGAAACCCCCCUUCCGCUGGUCCAGCUGGUGUUGCGGCGGGGUCUGACUUUGGUGGUGGCCAUACUGGCUCUGGUUUCUGGUAUUGUGGCCCAUCUUACCUUUCCUCCCCCAGAACCGGGGCUUCUAGGGGACAACUCCACCCUCGCCUGGGGUGACUCCCCAGUGUCAAACCCUACACCUCUUCCCAACACCACCCUGCAGGAGUGA